CUAUUUUUUGUCGCCUGUGUGAUAUAAAAUGUAAUAGAAUUAUACUUAAUCACACUUCGAGCCCCUUCUUCGGCAUUUACGAAUUAUAAUUAAGUUUACAUAUACUCGCAUAAAUACUUCUAUAUACAUUGUGUGUAUUAUAUUGUGGGGGGUUUCUUAAGCUUUUACUAAUAAAAGUUGAUUGCCUUUGCUUUAUAAAAUAUGAAGUUAGAUUGACUGUAAUGACAGUACCGUGCCGAGCCGAGCUGUGCUGUCUUACGGGCACAGUGCUUUAGCUACACGCACGCUCCCGUGUUUCAAUACCGGCUUGAGCCGGUAUUAAGUUAUGAAUGAAGCCGGGUGUUGAAAACAUUACAGCUCAGACAGCAAACACAAUGGACAAAAUAGCUAGCUAAUUAGACAAAUAAGAACAUGGCCGUUAACGCAAACUAUAAUAAUGAGUACUGCAUUUUUAGUCUAUGUAUUUUAUGAGGUAGUAGUACCGAAAUAGUUAAAUAUGCAAUUAGCUGGUUAGCUACUUAGCUACGUUAACGUAAGCCGGUCUCGUGGACUUUAAUACCUAACUAGCUAAAUAAAUAAGGAGGGCUUGAUCUUUCCAUUUACACUAUCCACUUGAGCCUGGAUUGGCCAACCGAUUGCUCAGUAUCCCUACUCAGCAUCCAGGUCAGCGAUGAUUGGAUGGGUGUCCAAAAUGCAGGGGUUCAUGGGCCCCAACGUGUACCCCGAGGUUCCUGACGGAGGAUGGGGCUGGGUGGUGGCAGUAUCCUUCUUCCUCGUGGAGGCUUACACUUAUGGAAUCAUCAAGAGCUUCGGUAUCUUCCUCCAGGACCUCAUGAGCUACUUUGGGGAGACCAACAGCCGUGUGUCCUGGAUCGUCUCCAUCUGCGUCUUUGUUAUGACCUUCACAGCCCCCCUGUCAUCUGUGCUGUGUAACCGCUUUGGUUAUCAGCCUGUUGUCAUGCUGGGGGGUUUCCUGGUCUGUCUGGGCACUAUCACCACUGCCUUCACCAACUCGAUAAAUGAGAUGUACGUUACCAUCGGAAUCGUCUCAGGUCUGGGUUACUGCCUCACCUUCCUCCCAACCGUCACCAUCCUCUCACACUACUUCAGCCGGCGUCGCUCGCUGGUUACGGCGCUUGCCUCCACGGGAGAGGCCCUCUCCGUGUUUGCCUUUGCCCCAGCCUUCACUGCACUGAAGGAGCACAUUGGAUGGCAAAACUGCCUGAUUGUAAUUGGGGUCCUUCAAGUUACCAUCAUCAUCUGUGGAGCUCUGCUUCGGCCCAUCGUCAUCAUACCUACGCCCGUGCCCUCUGCCCAGCCUCCAUUGCCAGCCAUCCCGGAUAAUAAGCGAACUUGCAGUGCUGUCACCUGCGAGGAGGCGCAGCCCACGUCAUCCACAGGGGGCAGUCCGAGCAAGGAGCACAAUCCAGGCCAGCUGACAGCCACUGAGCGGAAGGCUCUGAUGCAGCAGGAGGAGGUGCUGCCCCUUCAGACCCAACCGGCGACUGGGCCAGAAGAGAAGCUGGCAUCCCCCUCGUGCCAGACGAAGCUCCUGGACUUCUCAGUGCUGAGGGACUGCAGCUUCAUAUGUUACUCGCUGUUUGGCCUUUUCGCCACACUGGGCUUCUUUGCCCCGCAGCUUUACGUGAUCGAGCUGAGCGUGAGCCGCGGCAUCGAGAGGGACAAGGCCGCCUUCAUGCUGUCCGCCAUAGCCAUCUCGGAAAUCUUCGGCCGGAUGUCUAUUGGCUGGAUCCUCAACAAGAAACCCAUUAGCAAAAUCUACAUCAUGCUGAUCUGCGUGCUGCUGCUCUGUGUGGUGCUGGUUGUCUUCACCUUCGUCACCCACAUCUGGGGCCUGACCGCCUGCUGCGUGCUUUACGGGUUCCUGUUUGGCACCGUGGCCUCCACGCACGUCCCCAUGCUGGCUGAGGAAGACGUGGUGGGUUUAGAGAGGAUGUCCAGUGCUGCAGGAGUCUAUGUCUUCAUCCAGUCCUUUGCAGGGCUUGCUGGACCUCCCUUAGGAGGUUUCUUAGUCGACAUCACCCAGGAUUACGGAUCUGCAUUUUACUCUUGUGCUAUCGGCAUGGGGUUGGGGGCCUUGUUUCUAGGGUUGGUGCGUCCAGCCAAGAAAGGUCAAUGGUGCAGAAAGGCAAGAAGCCUGGAAGACGGUCCAGCAGAGAGAUACCCUGAAAACACUUUUUAGGAUAAAGAAAUUCUCGAAGAGCUCCUGGAAGUUGAUUUUACUUUGGAGAUCAGUUCUCUCAAACAGCAACCAGAGGGCAGUACUGCCACAACGUGGCAUAAAGGACAAAAACAAGACUUGAAGUAAGCAAAUCAGUUAAAGAAACUCUUUGCACAAAGUGUAUACAUGGGAUUUUAAAUUAUCAGUAAACCCUGUCUCAGAUGCACAGCUAAAUUCCAGCUAUUUGCCUCAUAUGUGAUUUGCAACGAAAAAGUGGUCAUUCUGCAAACUUUACCCCAUACGCAUGAGAGCUAAUCAUUCUGUUUUGUGCCAUUACAUGUUUCUAGCUAGGAAUUCAAAAGCAGAAUGGAAUGAGCGCUAUUCCAGCAGGGGGAUUUAUGUUGGUGAGAGUGCCCCCAGCUGGUCACCGAUGGUCACUACUCCUUGUCCUAGGCAGAGUCUCGUGCCUUGAAGUCUAAGCAGAUUGGUGUAGCUGUGAGUCACAUGAUUUUCUUCUGCCCUGUUUACUUUACUGACAUGUUGACUGCGCCUUUGAAGUGCGGUCCAAAGCAAAAGGCGUGUACCAAAAUUGGGAAAGGGGAGAAAAUAGGUUUUGUAAAAAUGUUACAUGAUUCUUACUUUAAUUCUGUAAAUGCAGGACGAAGCUGGUAUUAAUUUUCUUUUUAAAGUCAUCAUAUUGAAAUGGAAAGAAAGAACAUUUGAGGCCAAAGACAAGCUGGAAUUAAAGCCAACAUUUUUCACGAAGAAGCAGACAGGUACCUAACGGGUAUUUUUUAAGACAGACAGAACAGGGUUGCGAUCCUGUGAGAGCUUGAAUGUUUUUCCCUCAUCUUUGCCUUUCUGGACUCAUUAUAUUUUUUACUACUACUUGAGCUACUGAUGUGCCACACUAGUACCAUAUUACAGGACAGUGUCAGAUUUGUUGUAAGGCUUGUGGGCACUUACCUUUAAUAUGGUGUCUUCCCCGUCUGUGUCCAUAACCACAAGCAGCCCGUCCUUUUAUGUGAAGGCCCGGCCUGAGGUCUGCACUAAUUGUCCAGGCUUCUGAAGGGUACUGAAGUGCCACUUUAAAACCGACAUCAUUCAGUUUAAGGUAUCCCGGAUGUGGACUGAUCAAUGACAUGUGGCAUUUUGUGGUAGUCAAACAGCAGCACUGCUUUUAAUUUUACAGGUGACAGCUAUGCACGGCAAUCUCAAUCUUGCCAAAGUCUCAAGAGACUCUCACACCUGAGCCUACAAUGCAAUGCUACGAAUCAGAAUGUGAGCAUAUCUGAAACCAAAUACAUACUUUAUUUUUUUAUGAGUUACCUAUUAGCAGUCUAUGGGCCCUAUUUUGCAGCGACGGAAAAUGCGAUGCAAAGUGAUUUUGCUAGAUUCAAACAAACGCAGUACGCAUUUUCAGGCCAAGCACGCACAUCAUCAAAAUAGCAAAUAAUUUAGCGCUUGUUUCCUGCUCACAGGAGAGUUGUAGCUGGGCGCAUGGCCGGCACGUUGCUAUUCUAAGGAAGCGAAACAACAUGGCGCUUUUGACCAACGGAAACCGCAUCUAUAGUCAGUGGCGCAUAAUUAAAUUUAAGUGCCGUUUUCAGAAACGUACGGGUGCACGACGCUCAUUAUGGACACGGCUACAUGCUAGUGCACUAGUGGUAUUUUGGUAUUUCAUUUUAUUUAUAUACGUUUUAUUAUAGAGUACAUCUGGUUCUUUCACGUAGUCAUACUGAUCAAUGAAACACCAAAGAAAUUUUUAUACACGUAUAUGUAUAUAGAAUAAACUGUAUCAUUCAAAAAUCAUUCAAAUUUAUUAGCAGAAUUAUGUAUUGACAGGCUAUGUGACCAAUCCACACAAAUGGGUAUUUAGACUUAGCAGUGAUCUUCUGUUUUCCCUGUCUUCUGACAUCAUUAUACUGCUUUUGGCACUGAGCAGAUGAUCUGCUGAUGCCUGAAAAGGAGGACAUGCUCGCUGCUGUAUCAUCCCAUGCUUGCUUCACCUCGAAAGCCUUAGGUGGAACAGUGCUGCUCACGUAGAUGUAGACGUAACUCCCGUCUUUUCGCCUUGCACACAAAUACGUCCAUUUCCUCGAGUGAAAACUGAUCUGGUUUAACGGGUACACACGCCAUUUUAAUAGUAAUCCUCCAUAGAUUAUGCGCCGCUGCCAUUAAAAGGUGAGGUGACGCGCCUUUACAAUUGGUUCAUUGCGCCCAAAACACGCCUCCGAAUAAUUAAAAGUUAGAACGACCGUUGUCCGCCUUGCGCUGGCGCAAAGUCUGUUUUUUUCCGCUGUUAAAAUAGCAAAAUGUGUUUGAACAGGCCCAUGAAUGUUAGUUGCCUCUUGCGCUUUAUGCUUUGCGUUAGAUUGGCAAAAUUGAGCCCAAUGUGUUGCAGCCUAGGAUACACUAGAUACACUACAAUCAACAGAAAAUAACAUUUUUUAGUUCAGGUUUAUACAUGUAGAUGUGUUUCAACUGAUUAAUAUUGUAAAGCUUGCUGUAUGCAUAGGAACUCAUAGUGCUGAGCGGGUCGCCCCAUUGUCUUGCUAACUCCGCCUCUCUGGCUCACACUUUCGCUUGGCAGUCGUUCGGCUCUAGCUUUUACUCUCGCACGGCUGGCAAAAACGGACAGCAAACCGGCUUAAGCACAACCCUGCAUUGUACAGUGAGAACUUCCCCACACCAGGCCUGCCCUUUUACUUCCUUAAUCUCUAAGCAUUAGAAUCACUCAUGCUGUCUAUCAGAAAUGUAACUGAAACAUUAAUUACUUGAAAAUUUUUCCGUGGUUCAAUUUUUUGGUGUGUGUCAUAAGAAUGAUUUUUUAAAAAUGUAUUCCUAUUUUUCCUAUGUCAAUGGACAGUUGUAUUGUUUUUUUUAAUUAUUAUUAUGCUGCUCAUUACACCUGGAAAAUGCUGCAGUAUCACAAAUUUAAUAUUAAAAAAAAUAUCCAUUGA